AUGCCAUAUCCAGAAACUCAAGAUGUUUUCGAGAAAGAUAAUUUUUAUUCAGUUGGCAGUAAAAUAGUGCCUAGCUAUUAUGAAAGUAACAAAAGAGCAAAGAUAAUGGUUUCUAUUUUGACUAGUGUAUCUAUUCUUAACAAAGUUACUAAGUUAAAUAAGUGUCUAUUAAAAGUUUCUUUGGUGGGAUCAUCCCAAGAGUCACCUCAGUUAUUGGCAAAUGAUAAUGCUAUUUUCAAUGUGUUGAUAAACAAUUAUGCUAGUCAGGAGUAUAAUUUUCUUGUUAAGUUAGAGAUUAUCAAUAAUAAUCUUUAUGUUUAUGCGAAAGAUAUCAAUUUUAUUGAUACUCAACUUUCAUCUAAACAAAAAAUGUUUGAUAAUAGUAAUUCAUCUGAAGCUGUUAACACUAUUCGUUCGAAAUAUCUUUUUACUCAUCAAAAUCUUAUCGAAGAUCUAAAAAAAUCUUCUAAAGCUAAGGCUACAUCUUCAACAUCAAAUUAUAAAAAGCCUAAAUACUUCAGUAAAUUUGUAGAAGUUUCAAAUAGUGCAAAUAAUGAUAAUUUUUUUCAAGGUAAAACAGUUGAUAUAGAUAUAUUUGAUCAAAAUGAUAAGAGCAAAGAUAUUUUUAAAAAGAAAAGACAUCAAAAGGGCACUCUUAAUAAUAAUAAGACUAUUGAUAUAAAUGAAUUUAAUCAAAAUAGUGAAAAUGAAAAAACUCAAAAAAGGAAGAGAGUGAGAAAAAGUACUGCUCAUAAUAGUUCAAAAGGAGGUAAACAUAAUAAUUGA